AUGGUUCCAAUGAUUGUUAUUGGUAGCUGGAUAAAUUGGGCAUUCUCAGGUUUCUUGACCACAAAAGUCCCAUUUCCGCUAACUUAUCGAUUUAAACCUAUGCUUCAAAGAGGUUGUGAAUCGCUUACUUCUCUGGACGCAUCCUGCUCUGCGUCAUGGUAUUUCCUUAACAUAUUCGGCCUUCGGAGUGUGUACGGUUUAGUACUUGGUUCGGAUAAUGCGGCCGAACAGCCCAUAAUGUUAUCAGAUCAUCAGGUACCUACACCGCAAGGUCCACAGGAUAUGCAAAAAGCCUUCAAAGCAGAGUGGGAAGCAUUGGAGAUAGUCGACCAUCAAUGGGCGCUAACAGACUGUGAAAUGAGGCUGCUUAACAGAUCAUAA